CAGUAUACAACGAUCAGUAGCACUGGUCACUCCGAGAAAAACGGAUCGCAAACAAAUUGGGUUACAAUAGUAGUGUCGAACAAAAGCACUUCAAACUGACGUGUUAAUUGUCGUCAACUAGUUUUUACAUAGGAGACACCUGUUUUGUAUUCUACUGUUCUAGUGAUUCGGUAGUUCUUGAAUUUAGUGAUUCAACAAUGUCGUGGUACUAUACGCCCAAACCCACCGUAUUCCCGUCCGAGGACUUUAACCCAUCGGCGGACGCCGCAGCCCUCCGCAAAGCCAUGAAGGGCUUCGGAACGGACGAACAGACCAUCAUCGAUAUUCUGUGCAAUCGUUGCAACUGGCAGCGUCAAGUCAUCACCGAAACCUUCAAAAACGAGCUGGGUCGAGAUCUAAUCAAAGACUUGAAAUCGGAACUGAGCGGCCGAUUCGAGGAUGUCAUUCUCGGAUUGAUGGUGCCGCCAGUGAACUACCUCUGCAAGCAACUCUUCAAAGCCAUGGAUGGUAUCGGUACCAAUGAGCGGGCCCUUAUCGAGAUUCUUUGCUCGCAAAACAACGAACAAAUGCAUCACAUUUCGCGAGUUUACGAGGAAAUGUACAACCGCCCAUUAGCGGAGCACGUGUGCACGGAAACGUCCGGUGAUUUUCGACGAUUGCUCACGCUAAUCAUCACCGGUACGAGAGACCCACCGGGAACCGUUGAUCCAGAUCUAGCAGUAGAGCAAGCCAAACAACUCUACGAAGCAGGUGAAGGGAAGUGGGGUACGGAUGAGUCCGUAUUCAACAAAAUAAUGGCCCAUUCCAGCUUCGACCAGCUAGAAUAUGUGUUCGAGGAAUACAAAAAACUAACCGGCCGCACCAUUGAACAGGCUCUGAAGGCGGAACUGAGUGGCGAUCUGUACCACGCGCUCAGUGCGAUCGUGGAAUGCGUCCAAAUGGCGCCGCACUUCUUUUCGAAGCGACUAUUCAAAGCGAUGGACGGCUUGGGCACCGAUGACUCGACGUUAAUUCGCAUUAUCGUGUCACGAUCGGAGAUCGACUUACAGAACAUCAAGGACGAGUACGAGCAAAUGUACAAUAAAACGCUUAUGAGUGCGGUGAAGAGCGAGACUUCUGGCGACUACAAAAGAGCACUAUGUGCUUUGAUAGGGAAUGCUUGAAUCUCAUACAGAAAUCUCUCGAUUUUUAAAAGUUUGUUCAUGUUUUUAAUGAAUGUGUAUUCUUAAAGAGUAAGUAAUAAGCAAAUAUUGCGACUACCGUACAUUCGGCCGAUUUGUGCCAACUUUCUACUACUUCUCAAUUCCUCCAGAGUUUUAUUUAUUGGUAUUGUUAGCAUAUAUUGACAAAGAUUAUAUAUUUAAUCAAAACUUAAUUUUAAGAGCUGACUUAACAAAAUAAACUCGUUAAGUACGUAAAUAUAAA